GCUGGCGCUGAUCAAAACUUGUAAAGCAGUCACUCCAUGCCUUAAAACGAAAGAGCUUAAUCGCUGUCACCACACGCAAAGUACGUAGGUGUCGAACGUUCCCACUCAUUCGAUCAAGCAGUCUCUCGCGCGGAUCUGUUCUCGGGCUGGGUCCGUCCGUAGAUUGAAAAGACCUUCGCGCGACAGUCACCGAGUUCGCGGGUUGAUAUUUAAUUGAAUGAAUUUCGAAAACUCCGCUUAGUUGAGUCGUACUCGUGGAACAGUGAACAAGUGAUCUCUCUCCGGACUUGCCGUGACGGUUCGCGCAGCUAGUGUAGUGUACCUAUAAAUUACCUUCUACUAAGAAGAUUGAGGAAAAAGUGAUACUUUUGUGGCGUUUUUGUGGAGCAACUGAAACGAAUUACCUCAUCAUAGCAAUCUGAGAGAAGUUGCGGGUGAAAAAAGCAAAUAACAGCGGAGGCGGAGAAUUUUCUGAAUAGAUUAGCAAGUGCCUACUUGAUGCGGAUGCAUGGCAUGUGAUGCAAAGUGCUGAGCUAUAAGUGUUUAAAUUAAUUGAAUACAUCUGAGAAAAAUUUACAUAAGUGAUUACAAAUCGAUUAAAACGAUUGGGGUAAAAGUGUUUACAAGAUGGGAAUUAAAAAGCGUGAUGAACGGGAUAAGUUGAAGAGUCAGAGUUUGAUUGACUCUGAAAAAAUGGUUCACUCUGUAGCUGGUGGAACGGAGCUCAGUACAACUGGUACGGAUGUACAUCAGCAAGGUUCUUCCACGACAUAUACUAGCAGCAGCACUAGCAGUAGCAGUAAAACGCAAAAAGCGUCGUCCAGUUCAACUAGUAAAAAUGUGAUUGAACAUGUGGCAGUUAGUGGUGCACACGAUAUGUCGCAAAAAAUGGGUGAAUCAAAGACCAGCAUGGGCGGGGGCACAAGUGUAAAAGAAUCGCAACAGGGUCACAAGUUCAGUGAAUCGAAAAGUCAGAUUGGGUCGAAACAAAUCGAUAAUAUAAUUCAAGAAAUAAAGUAUAUAGCCAGUGACACGGUUGACUCAACAAAACGUAUUUCAACCGUUCAAAAAGUCAGUGAUAGUUCCAAAAGUGACAAAGAACUACGCGAAGCUUUGACCAAUUUCGACGAAGUAGCGAAAGCCACAAUAUCAGACAUUCAAGGUUCGACGAAAAGCCAUAUCAGUGGGAACGUAUCGAGUGUAUCAAAAAGCAUGUCCAGUAGCAAAAUGGUGCAAAGUGGCAGCUCCAGUUCCACAGUUAAUAACAGUGCCAUAAAAACGCAUCAGUCUUCGAUGAGCAGUAGUGAAAAAAUGAUAAGUGAUCAAAGUUCUUCUAGCGCGCAGCAAACGAGUAGUUCGUUAAUGAAAUCAAGCAACAUGACAUCAUCGAAAACACAAUCGUCAUCCACGUCGAAUACGAUCCUGGAUUCUUCAACAUUCCAUUCGGACAGUGCCGAUAUAAAAAUGUUAAAGUCAGAUUCCAAUGCAAAAGACACAAAACUGACAAUCGGGAGUCAGUUAAGGGACUUGGGAGGAGAUCAUUCCAUUUUACAACAAUCUAGCACUUAUCACGUUGAUGGUUCAGGCGGAAAGCACUAUGCCGACAGUCAGAGCUACUCUAUGGCGGAGAAAAAUGCUCCAACAACAGAGAUCAUCUAUGAUUCUGCCGGUAAUAAAAUCACCAACACGAAGUCAUCGUCAAAGUCUGCCCAAGGAUUUUCGUCGUCAACAUUCCAAACUAGUGGUGGUACAUAUAUUGGACCCUCCGGUGAAAACGUGAUUCAAAGCAGCUCUAGCACUCAUGAUUCUAAACAUGCCACGUCCAGCUCAUCUACGUACAUGUCUACAUCCGCAUCAGACCAGAAGAUCUCAUCGAGUUCCAAUAAAUCUACCAGUGCGCAUCAAAACACAAACUUAAAGAGUUCUGUAAUAGAUUCCACGUCUCUAGAAAAUUAUAAAAUCCAAGACUCAAGUCAGCAAGUAGACAAUAACAUGUUAACUAGAGACGUCUCCGCGCAUACAAUCAGCAGUUUGUCUUCAGCGCAUGACUCUUUGGGAAAUACGAUUCAAAGCACGCAAUUAGCCACAGAAUCAUCUCAAGACACUUCCUCACACCUGAAUCAGCAUGCUGAAAGCACUAAAACGUACGAAAGUUCUUCCCAUUUUGAGAAAAUGGACGAGAAAAGUAGCUCCCGCAAGAAGGUCACCGAUUUCUACGAGCAGCGCGAAUCUAACUCCUCCAUCCUGAAGCGCAAGACCUACGACGAGAAGGUGAGACGCCUUAAUCUGAUCGACCAGAAAAUUGUCCCCAAGGAUGUGAUUAUCCAGGAUAUUCAGGAUGACGUAACAAAUGUCACGAGAACAUCUUUCGAAGCGAAACUGUUUAAUCCGAAAACGAAACGUUGGGAGCUGGUUGACCAGAAAACCAUCCUCGAAAAGGACAUCACUGUUUCUAUUCCCGAGGAAAUCGUUCACGAACUUGAGGUGGAACGCCCCGAACUGGCGAACAUUACAACAACGAUCCAAUUAACCAAGGUUUAUGAUGCGAAAACUAAGCAAUGGACGACAGUAGAUCAGAAAAAGCACACAGAUGUGCUGGAAAAAAUAAGUUACCUUGAAGAAAGCAGGGGUCGCACCGAAUUGAAUGAGUCGGAGCGAGUAAAGAACCUGCAGUCUAUUGACACAGUUGAUAAAGUCAUCAUCAAAGAUAGAAGUGAUCUUAAUAAGCUGAAUCGACAAUCCGAGAAAGUUGUCAAGGAGCAAUGCAUUUGUGAGAUCUGUACCUGUGGUCGUCACAAUUGCUUCAACUGCGGUAGUGGAACAACUCAGAAAACGUCGUCAUCAAAGCUUGCUACUGUUAGUACUACAGAAAACUUCUAUCAGCAAGAAUCCUCUCAAGUUAAUGAAGAGAGCACGUUUGUUCGACGUCGGACUUGGACAAAAGAAGACGCCGAGGAUUAUCUAAGUCGCGUGGAGUCUUCAUCCAUUGAGCGAAGCAGCACUGAACAGAACGUCUCCAACCGGAGACUCACGUGGACCAAAGAAGAUUUUGAAAAUGUUGACAUUGCAAGACUGAAACAAUCCAGCGUUGUAAUUGAAAGACAACAGCCCAUCCGUCAUGAAGAUAACUUGAAACCGGAAGGUGAUUUUGUGCGACCAGAGAAAACGUCUUUCCAACCGGCAGAAAGACCUAAACAAAUUCGUCCAGAGGAUAAUUUACGAACCGAAGGAAUAUUUGAAACUCCUGAAAAGCCAAAAUAUCAGCCUGGUGAAAGACAAAAGCCAAUCCGCCAUGAUGACAACCUUCGACCGGAAGGAGAUUUUGAGCGCCCUGAAAAGAGUCCAUUUAGGCCAGCCGAACGCCCGAAACAGAUUCGACCAGAGGACAAUCUGAGACCAGAAGGAGCAUUCGAGUCUCCCGACAAGCCCAAAUAUCAGCCAGGCGAGAGACAAAAACCAAUUCGACAUGAUGACAAUCUCCGACCUGAAGGAGAUUUCGAGCGUCCUGAGAAAAGUCCAUUUAGACCAGCUGAGCGUCCGAAGCAGAUCCGACCAGAAGACAAUCUUAGACCAGAAGGUGCCUUUGAGUCUCCUGACAAGCCAAAAUACCAACCCGGUGAGAGACAAAAGCCAAUCCGACAUGAUGAUAAUCUCAGACCGGAGGGUGAUUUCGAACGUCCUGAGAAGAGUCCAUUUAGACCAGCUGAGCGUCCGAAGCAGAUACGCCCAGAAGAUAAUCUGAGACCAGAAGGCGCCUUCGAGUCUCCCGACAAGCCAAAAUAUCAACCUGGUGAGAGACAAAAGCCAAUUCGACAUGAUGACAAUCUCAGACCGGAAGGAGAUUUCGAGCGUCCUGAGAAGAGUCCAUUUAGACCAGCUGAGCGUCCGAAGCAGAUCCGACCAGAGGACAAUCUGAGACCAGAAGGCGCCUUUGAGUCUCCCGACAAGCCAAAAUAUCAACCUGGUGAGAGACAAAAGCCAAUUCGACAUGAUGACAAUCUCAGACCGGAAGGAGAUUUCGAGCGUCCUGAAAAGAGUCCAUUUAGACCAGCUGAGCGUCCGAAGCAGAUUCGACCAGAGGACAAUCUGAGACCAGAAGGCGCAUUUGAGUCUCCUGACAAGCCAAAAUACCAGCCCGGUGAGAGGCAGAAGCCCAUCCGUCAUGAUGAUAACCUCAGACCGGAAGGAGAUUUCGAACGUCCUGAGAAGAGUCCAUUUAGACCAGCUGAGCGUCCGAAGCAGAUACGUCCAGAAGACAAUCUGAGACCAGAAGGCGCUUUUGAGUCACCGGAAAAGCCAAAAUAUCAACCGGGCGAGAGGCAAAAACCAAUUAGACAUGAUGACAAUCUCCGACCUGAAGGAGAUUUCGAGCGUCCUGAGAAAAGUCCAUUUAGACCAGCUGAGCGUCCGAAGCAGAUCCGACCAGAAGACAAUCUUAGACCAGAAGGUGCCUUUGAGUCUCCUGACAAGCCAAAAUACCAACCCGGUGAGAGACAAAAGCCAAUCCGACAUGAUGAUAAUCUCAGACCGGAGGGUGAUUUCGAACGUCCUGAGAAGAGUCCAUUUAGACCAGCUGAGCGUCCGAAGCAGAUACGCCCAGAAGAUAAUCUGAGACCGGAAGGUGCCUUCGAGACUCCUGACAAGCCAAAAUACCAACCCGGUGAGAGGCAGAAGCCCAUCCGUCAUGAUGAUAACCUCAGACCGGAAGGAGAUUUCGAACGUCCUGAGAAGAGUCCAUUUAGACCAGCUGAGCGUCCGAAGCAGAUCCGACCAGAGGACAAUCUGAGACCAGAAGGCGCCUUCGAGUCUCCUGACAAGCCAAAAUAUCAACCCGGUGAGAGACAAAAGCCAAUUAGACAUGAUGACAAUCUCAAACCGGAAGGAGAUUUCGAGCGUCCUGAAAAGAGUCCAUUUAGACCAGCUGAGCGUCCGAAGCAGAUCCGACCAGAGGACAAUCUGAGACCAGAAGGCGCAUUUGAAUCGCCCGAAAAGCCAAAAUACCAGCCCGGUGAGAGGCAGAAGCCCAUCCGUCAUGAUGAUAACCUCAGACCGGAAGGAGAUUUCGAACGUCCUGAGAAGAGUCCAUAUAGACCAGCUGAGCGUCCGAAGCAGAUCCGACCUGAGGACAAUCUGAGACCAGAAGGCGCAUUUGAAUCUCCCGAAAAGCCAAAAUAUCAACCCGGUGAGAGACAGAAGCCCAUCCGUCAUGAUGAUAACCUCAGACCGGAAGGAGAUUUCGAACGUCCUGAGAAGAGUCCAUUUAGACCAGCUGAGCGUCCGAAGCAGAUCCGACCUGAGGACAAUCUGAGACCAGAAGGCGCAUUUGAAUCGCCCGAAAAGCCAAAAUACCAACCCGGUGAGAGACAAAAGCCCAUCCGUCAUGAUGAUAACCUCAGACCGGAAGGAGAUUUCGAACGUCCUGAGAAGAGUCCAUUUAGACCAGCUGAGCGUCCGAAGCAGAUCCGACCUGAGGACAAUCUGAGACCAGAAGGCGCAUUUGAAUCGCCCGAAAAGCCAAAAUAUCAACCAGGUGAGAGACAAAAGCCAAUUAGACAUGAUGACAAUCUUAGACCGGAAGGAGAUUUCGAACGUCCUGAGAAGAGUCCAUUUAGACCAGCUGAGCGUCCGAAACAGAUUCGACCAGAGGACAAUCUGAGACCAGAAGGCGCAUUUGAAUCGCCCGAAAAGCCAAAAUACCAACCCGGUGAGAGACAGAAGCCCAUCCGUCAUGAUGAUAACCUCAGACCGGAAGGAGAUUUCGAACGUCCUGAGAAGAGUCCAUUUAGACCAGCUGAGCGUCCGAAACAGAUUCGACCAGAGGACAAUCUGAGACCUGAGGGGGAUUUUGAACGCCCUCAACCAUCAGUUUACCAUCAAUCAGAGCGAUCGCAAGUUAUUCGACGUGAAGAUAAUCUUUUCCUUGAAGGGUCGUUCGAGAGAACCGAAAAAACUAUUUAUGUGUCUGGUGAACGUUCAAAACCUAUUAGACAUGACGACAACUUGAGACCGGAAGGCGACUUCGAACGUCCAGAGAAGGCUCCAUUCCGACCAGCUGAACGUCCAAAACAGAUCAGACCAGAAGACAAUCUUAGACCAGAAGGAGCAUUCGAAUCUCCCGAGAAGCCGAAAUACCAACCAGGGGAGAGACAAAAGCCUAUACGUCACGAUGAUAAUCUCAAACCGGAAGGCGACUUUGAACGUCCUGAGAAGGCUCCAUUCCGACCAGCUGAACGUCCGAAACAGGUCAGACCAGAGGACAAUCUUAGACCAGAAGGAACGUUCGAAUCUCCCGAGAAGCCGAAAUACCAACCAGGGGAGAGACAGAAACCUAUCCGUCACGAUGAUAAUCUCAGACCGGAAGGCGACUUUGAACGUCCUGAGAAGGCUCCAUUCCGACCAGCUGAACGUCCGAAACAGGUCAGACCAGAGGACAAUCUUAGACCAGAAGGAGCAUUCGAAUCUCCCGAGAAGCCGAAAUACCAACCAGGGGAGAGACAAAAGCCUAUACGUCACGAUGAUAAUCUCAAACCGGAAGGCGACUUUGAACGUCCUGAGAAGGCUCCAUUCCGACCAGCUGAGCGUCCGAAACAGGUCAGACCAGAGGACAAUCUUAGACCAGAAGGAGCAUUCGAAUCUCCCGAGAAGCCGAAAUACCAACCAGGGGAGAGACAAAAGCCUAUACGUCACGGUGAUAAUCUCAAACCGGAAGGCGACUUUGAACGUCCUGAGAAGGCUCCAUUCCGACCAGCUGAACGUCCGAAACAGGUCAGACCAGAGGACAAUCUUAGACCUGAGGGAGAUUUUGAACGCCCUCAACCAUCAGUUUACCAUCAAGCAGAGCGAUCACAAGUUAUCCGGCGCGAAGAUAAUCUAUUCCUUGAAGGAUCAUUUGAGCGAACUGAAAAAACCGUUUAUGUGGCUGGUGAGCGUUCAAAACCUAUUAAACACGACGACAACCUAAGACCGGAAGGCGACUUCGAACGUCCAGAGAAGACUCCAUUCCGUCCAGCUGAACGUCCAAAGCAGGUCAGACCAGAGGAUAAUUUGAGACCAGAAGGAGCAUUUGAAUCUCCCGAGAAGCCGAAAUAUCAACCAGGAGAGAGACAGAAGCCUAUACGUCACGAUGACAAUCUCAAACCAGAAGGCGAAUUUGAACGCCCCGAGAAGGCUCCAUUCCGACCAGCUGAACGUCCGAAACAGGUCAGACCGGAGGACAAUCUUCGACCAGAAGGUACAUUUGAAUCUCCCGAAAAGCCGAAAUAUCAACCAGGAGAGAGACAGAAACCUAUACGUCAUGAUGAUAACCUCAAGCCAGAAGGAGACUUUGAACGCCCUGAGAAAGCUCCAUUCCGACCUGCAGAGCGUCCAAAACAGGUGCGUCCCGAGGACAAUCUCAGACCUGAGGGAGAUUUUGAACGUCCUAAGCCAUCAGUUUAUCAUCAAGCAGAACGAUCUCAAGUAAUCCGUCACGAAGAUAACUUAUUCCUUGAAGGAACCUUUGAAAGAACCGAAAAAACUAUUUAUGUGGCUGGUGAACGUUCUAAACCAAUUAAACACGACGACAACUUGAGGCCUGAAGGCGGCUUUGAGCGUCCUGAAAAGGCUCCAUUCCGACCUGCUGAGCGGCCAAAACAGAUUCGUCCAGAGGACAAUCUUAAACCUGAAGGAACUUUCGAAACGCCUGAGAAACCGAAAUACCAACCAGGCGAGAGACAGAAACCUAUCCGUCACGACGACAAUCUCAAACCGGAAGGAGACUUCGAAAGACCGGAGAAGUCACCAUUCCGACCAGCUGAGCGUCCAAAACAAGUUCGUCCAGAAGACAACCUCAGACCAGAAGGAGCAUUUGAAUCACCCGAGAAGCCAAAAUAUCAACCAGGGGAAAGACAAAAACCCAUACGCCCCGAUGACAAUCUUAGAACGGAAGGAGAUUUUGAGCGUCCAGUGAAGGUUCCAUUUAAGCCAGCUGAACGCCCGAAACAGAUUAGACCAGAGGACAAUCUUAGACCAGAAGGCGCUUUUGAGUCUCCCGAAAGGCCAAAAUACGAACCAGGUGAAAGGCAGAAGCCGAUACGUCAUGAUGACAAUCUCAAACCAGAAGGAGAUUUUGAAAGACCCGAGAAGUCACCAUUCCGACCAGCUGAGCGACCAAAACAGGUUCGUCCAGAGGACAAUCUUAAACCAGAAGGAGCUUUCGAAACACCCGAGAAGCCCAAAUACCAACCAGGUGAGAGACAGAAACCUAUCCGUCAUGAUGAUAACCUAAGAACGGAAGGAGAUUUCGAACGUCCUGAGAAGGUUCCAUUUAGACCAGCUGAGCGCCCGAAACAGAUUCGACCAGAGGACAAUCUCAAACCUGAAGGAGCAUUCGAGUCACCUGAAAAACCAAAAUACCAACCAGGUGAAAGGCAGAAGCCUAUUCGUCACGAGGAUAAUCUCAGAACAGAGGGAGAUUUCGAACGGCCUGAAAAGGCUCCGUUCCGUCCAGCAGAGCGUCCAAAACAAGUUCGUCCGGAAGAUAAUCUAAAACCCGAAGGAGCAUUUGAGUCACCAGAAAAACCAAAAUAUCAACCUGGUGAGAGACAAAAACCUAUCCGCCACGAUGACAAUCUUAGAACGGAAGGAGAUUUCGAGCGCCCUGAGAAGGUUCCAUUUAGACCAGCUGAGCGUCCGAAGCAGAUUCGACCAGAGGACAAUCUCAAACCUGAAGGAGCAUUCGAGUCGCCUGAAAAACCAAAAUAUCAACCAGGUGAAAGGCAGAAGCCCAUUCGUCACGACGACAAUCUCAGAACAGAGGGUGAUUUCGAACGGCCUGAAAAGGCUCCGUUCCGUCCAGCAGAGCGUCCAAAACAAGUUCGUCCAGAGGACAAUCUCAAACCGGAAGGAGGCUUUGAACGUCCUGAAAAAGCUCCAUUUAGACCAGCUGAGCGACCAAAACAGAUUCGACCAGAAGAUAAUCUGAGACCAGAAGGAGAUUUCGAGUCACAUGACAAACCAAAAUAUCAACCAGGAGAGAGACAGAAACCCAUUCGUCAUGAUGACAAUCUCAGACCCGAAGGAGAUUUUGAGAGACCUGAGAAGGCUCCAUUCCGACCCGCUGAGCGGCCUAAACAGGUUCGCCCAGAAGAUAAUCUCAAACCGGAAGGCGAAUUCGAGAGACCACAACAUGUAACAAUCGGCAAGGUUGAAAGAUCUCAAAUAGUCAAACAUGAAGAUAAUUUGCAUAUGGAAGGGGUAUUCGAGAGAACUGAAAAGUCUGUUUACAUUGCUGGUGAACGUCCGAAACCGAUUAAACCGGACGAUAAUCUCAGACCAGAAGGUGAUUUUACCACUCCUGAGAAAACUGAAUAUCGACCAGCUGAGAGACCAAAACAGGUUAAACCGGAAGAUAAUUUGAAACCUGAAGGGUCUUUUGAACGCCCUGCAAAACCCGGUUUCCAGCCUGCUGAAAGGCCGAAGCAAGUACGUCCAUUAGAUAACUUGCGACCUGAGGGUGAAUUUGAACGUCCCCAGCCUGUACAUCUGGGUAAGGUAGAGCGAUCGCAAAUUGUUCGCCAUGAAGAUAACUUACAUCUAGAAGGAACAUUUGAUCGCACGGAAAAAACAGUUUAUAUAGCUGGUGAGCGACCAAAACCUAUAAAGCCUGAAGAUAACCUCAAACCGGAAGGAGAAUUUACCACUCCUCAAAAGACUCAGUUCCGCCCUGCAGAACGGCCUAAGCAAGUAAUUCCUAAAGAUAAUCUGAAACCGGAAGGUUCAUUUGAAUCUCCUGAGAAGCCGAAAUUCCAGCCUGGAGAGCGUCAAAAACCAAUUCGUCACGGCGAUAAUCUAAAACCAGAAGGAGCAUUCGAACGUCCUGAGAAGGCACCAUACCAGCCAGCUGAGCGUCCAAAACAAAUUCGCCCAGAAGACAAUCUGAAGCCCGAAGGUACAUUCGAAUCUCCCGAGAAACCGGUGUAUCAGCCAGGUGAGAGACAAACCAUUCGCCAUGGUGAUAACCUGAAGCCUGAAGGCAAUUUCGAGCGUCCUGAAAAAUCUGCAUUCCGACCUGCAGAACGUCCGAUACAAGUGCGCCCAGAAGACAACUUGAGACCAGAGGGGUCAUUUGAAACACCGGAAAAGCCAAAGUAUCAACCAGGAGAGAGACAGAAACCUAUUCGCCAUGGAGAUAACCUUCGCACCGAAGGAGAGUUUGAACGUCCUGAAAAAUUACAAUUCAAGCCCGCCGACCGCCCUAAACAGGUUCGACCUGAAGAUAAUCUGAAACCGGAAGGUACCUUCCAAGUACCUGAUAAGCCGAAAUAUCAACCGGGAGAAAGACAAAAACCGAUACGCCAUGGAGACAACCUUAAACCAGAAGGUGAGUUUGAAAGGCCUAUGGAAAAACCGGGCUAUCAACCAGCUGAGAGGCCAAAACAAGUGAAACCUCAAGACAAUCUUCAUAUAGAAGGCGAGUUCCAUUCAUUGAAGCAAUACAAAGAACAGAAACAGCGUAAAGAAGCGGAGAUUAAAGAGGUUCAUGAGAAUGGUAUUUUGGAUGGUGCUGUAAUGGUAACCACUCAAACUGUGACAACGAUUCUCAAAGGCGACAAGCCGAAACCUACAGGUAAAACAAUAACUACAUCUGAAACAAAAGACAAUACUAGUCUGUCGCUUGCAUCCGAACGGCACCAGAAACAAAUCACUUCUUCAACUUCGCACAUCCACCAAGAUGAUGUGAAUCAGCAGCAUCUGGCUCAGAACAUCAUCGAUUCGAGAACAAUUCAGAAUGUUGACGGACAGACUAUAUCUAAAGAUACUCAAGGACGCAUUCAUUCUGGAACAGUUGAAAAGACUUCGAUGAGAGGAACUUCGUCAGCGCAUACUCAAUCAAUGAAAAAUAUAAUUCAGGGUACGAACAUUCAGGAACAACAUGCAACGCACAAAACAUCAAAAUCGUCUACAGGUCAGCAUAUUAUUCAUACAUCGGGCACAACGUUUGGAGUUCCUCUUGGACAUGGCCCUCAUGAUGUAAAUAUUACGUCUGAAACGAUCAAAAGCACUAGGCAAGGAACUGACAAUCACCAUAAUAAUGUAUCCUCGCAACAUCUUACCAGUGGAAAAACGUCUACAUCAACUGCUUAUUCAUCGUCGACCACAUCCCAGAAGGUUAUUCAUUCUGGCGAACUCCAUGAACACCACGGACAUCAUCAACUUCAUACAUCGAAACAUGUUGUGCCGCAAUCGGAUGUACAGCAGAAGAUAUCGUCACAACAAUAUAUAUCUGGCAAGACAUCAGACCAUAAAACGUCGUCUACCAGUCAGAAUAUUGUCUUCUCAUCGGACGAUUCACACGGUACACCUGCAGGACGUGCUACAUCGCACGAGCAUUAUUCAGGAUCGAGCGCUUCUUCAGCAAGUCAGCGUGUAAUUAUCGAUGGGAAUGUCGUCACGGACAAAACAGUCGCCCGUCAGUCAGGACUCGAGAAGGUUGUUGAGGAUGGAGUGGUUAAGGUUGAUAAAUCGUUCAAUGAGAAACGAUCGUCUGGAUUCGAUGGAAAAGUGUCAUUGCAAGGCUACGACUCCACGAAAACCAUCACCGGAAAAGAACGUUCGAAGAACAAUAUAAUACAUGGAUCGAGUGCUCAGCAGGACCAGUACAGGAAUGGUGUUGACAAAGGUGGAAGAACAGUAGUUGAUGAUGGUACCACUCAGGUGCAAGUAAAGAAACUGGUGGGAGGAAAAUGGGUCACUAGAACCAUAACUGAGAAGGUCUCCAAUGCACACGAUGUUCAAUCAGAUAAACGUAGUGCUGUUUCCAAGCAGGUCAUCAAAUCUUCCUCUAAUAGUAAUAUAAGUCAGCAUUCCAGUAGCAGCCAAAGUACGAAGCUCGUAGGUGGUAAACUGGUAUAUGUUAAGGAUUCUUCUGAUAGCACAGAUAAUUCGCAUAAGACGGGUCGAAACCAACAACGUGGUAGUUCCAGUAUUCAUCUCGGAGAGGAAAAUUCAAGCAUUUCCAAGCAUUCAACAACGUCCAAGAUUAUAGGGGGAAAAUUGGUUCAUGUAACGGCUAAUGAGGGUAAGGGCAGCAAUAUAGCCUCAACAGUCAAUGGGGCACAUAGCAAGUCUGUAGAUAAUAUAACACAUUCCGGAUCAACAUCUGUGACGAAAUCAUCGAAGACAGAAAGUAGUGAAACGAAGCGAACAGACUCGAAGCAAAUCUCCCAGAUUAUGUCUCAUGACUCCGCCACUCAUGGUGACGAGAAGCUCUACAAUCGAAAGAGUACGUUUUCAUCGGAAAAUGCCGGUAAUUCUAUAUUAUGUCGACAACAGCAAUCAAAUGUUCACCCAUCGAACGCUAGUAGUAUGAGCGUUUCAGGGUCAAUCCAGCGGAAGAGCAUCUCUAACCUGAACGACAGUGCCAUGUAUUCUACAACGAAUCGAACCAGCUACAGUUCAUUGCACCGUCGCGAAAAAGAGUCUGCAGACUCUCGAAUGCAGAACUAUUUGAAAACCAUAGAAUCUGGAACGAUCAACUCUCGCGCAAAGCUGCAACCCUGUCCUCCGCCUACGUUGAACACGUCGACCAAUGUCACCACUAGCAGCAGCACCAUCGGACAGCAUUCCAGCAACAUGCAACAAACUAAAGUUUUGCGUGACUACCAUGCUGCGUUGAACACGACGAAGAGCUCCACGAAGUCCAAUGCAUCCAGCAUUUCGUUCGGAGAUGAUAACAAAUUCCACGGAACAAGUUCGUACAAGAUGCAGUAUGUUCAACAGAACGACGGCCGAUGCCCCGCCCAUGCCAUUAACGAUAACCAUAAGAUUUCGAAAGUAACUAAGCAGCAUACAUACUACAUGCACGAUAGAAGAUGAUUCCGUUAUUAUUUCGACAAUCCUGACAAAAUGCCUAUCGCAUUAAUAGCUGCUUGUUGAUGCUUACUUUAUAUUGAUAAAGUGAAUAAAUAUGACAAAAUAUUCUGUGCUUGAUGGAUACUUUUUUAUUUGUUAAACUAAUAUAUGUUAUACCAAUUUUAUGGCUUCGCUUUUGAAAUAAAAUAAAUAUACGAAUGAAA